CACAGGAAACCUGCUAAUGAGUCCAGAGCUGAUAAAAGAGCACACACACACACACACCUGGGUGUGUGUGUGUGUGACACAUCCUACCUGUGGACUGUGAGCUUUGACCACAGUCAUCGUCAGGAGUUUGUGUGUGCGUUGUCCAGUGGUGUCCACACAGCUGAGUGUGUCUUCUUCAGAAUGGACGUGUCUCGUUUCCUGCUCUGUGUUUGUGUUUGUCUGCUGUCUGUGAACAGCUGCUCCGCUGGUAAAGAUGUGCACAGAGGCCUUAAAGUGUCAACAGGGUCUCGGUCGGUGACCCUCCAGCCGUGGCUCGUCGGUCUGACGGCUGUGGUCGGUUUCCUCUUCAUCGUUUUUAUCAUCGUUAUUGUUAAGAGACUCCUGAGGAAGAACAGCAGAGAUGAAUGGGAUUAUGACCGGACCGUGGACUCUAACAGAGCUGGUGAUGAUAAACAAACCAGCCUGUGAUCAACAGUGUCGUCACCACAGCAGCAGUCACGUACUGAAGGAUACUGAGAUUAAUUUUAUUUCAUUAUAGAAUUUUAUUUUGAAAAGCCGGUUAAUUGAUAAUAUAAACAAUGUCCAUGUUGUAUUAAAUGUGACUUUUCAUGUU